UCUACUUUCACUUCUUCUUCUUCUGUUUCCUUGUCUACAUUACACUCACACAGUCAUACACACACAAAAGUCAACUAGUCAACAUCAUUUGGUUCAGGUAGUGAAUCUAUAUAUACAUAUAGAUAUAUAUAGUUGUAAAGGAAAGGAUUAGUAUUAUUGGAACUAGAAUAUGCAAAAAUGCAGGUCUGUUAUUCACCACAGUUAGGAUCAUCUAACAAAACUUCAUCAUCUUUUCGUAAUUCGGGUGCCUAUACGAGUCCCGGGACACCGGAUUAUGGUGAUAAUAACAACAAUGUGUUAGCUUUUCAAAAAGGAUGGUGUUCAGAAAGAAUACCAUUAAGUAAUAGUAGUAGAAGGCAUAUUAGUGCUGCAGCAUUGAUGCCAUUUAACAGUGGGAGGACUCUGCCAUCGAAAUGGGACGAUGCCGAGAGGUGGAUAACGAGUCCUGUCUCGAAUUUUGGGGUUUGCAAGACUUUAGCUCCACCAAAACGGCCCAAGGCGAAAAGUGGACCGUUGGGUGGGACGACACCUGGUGUUGCUUAUUAUUCAAAUUAUUCCCCUGCUGUCCCUGCACUUGAAGGUGGGAGCAGUAGAAAUUUUCUUGCGGGGUCACCACUUACGACGGGGGUUUUAGUACCGGAAGGUUUGCAUUUUUGUGAUGCUGCAGGUGGUGUUGGUCAUGGUGAGUAUGGAAUGGUUCAAUCUGGUAAUGUGCCUUUAUGGUCUGAGUUGUUGAUUGAGUCUUCAUAUACUGAUUCUCAAGAUGAGAAGAUUGAUGAAAAUGGUGUUUCGCGUGUUGUUUCACGAAGAGAUAUGGCAACCCAGAUGAGCCCAGAGAGCAGCCCUGAACCCUCCCCUACAUAUAUAAUACCUCCACCUGGCAGCCACCAUUCUGCUAGAUUGGAAGUGAGGGAUGUCCAAGUGGACAAAAGAGUCACUAUGACAAAGCAAUCAAAAAGAAACAAGAUGAGAAUGAGGAAUAACGGAUCACCAGAGGCUAAUGAAUUAGCUUUGACAUGGAAUGCUACAGAAGGAGCUAUGAAACAGUCAAAGCUCCAGAAAGAGGAAGCUAGGAUCACUGCCUGGGAGAACCUACAGAAUGCGAAAGCAGAGGCAUCAAUCCGGAAACUUGAGAUGAAAUUGGAAAAGAAGAAGUCAGCAUCGAUGGAUAAAAUAUUGAACAAGCAUAGAGCUGCACAACUGAAAGCCCAAGAAAUGAGAAGGAACAUGUCAGAAAGUGUUGCUCCCAGAACUCGCAAAUUUAGAACCUUACGCAGACAUGUCACAGAUUCUCUAACUGGCUGCUUCCGUUGUCAUGAUUCCUAGUCCUCUAAUUGAACAUCCAUCAAUCAGGUUUGCAGUCCAUGCAGCUUUGAAAAGGAAACUAAUUUGGGGAGAAAGUAUCUGCCGUUGGAAUUGAUUUGGCUUCAGACGGCAUAUACAAUUCUAGAGACGAUUAGUUGAUACGAGGUGGAUAUAGUUUUAAGCCUGAUUUCAUCUAGUCUUUAACGAGUUCUGUUUAGGUAUGAUUAAACCUAGAUCAUCAAUUUUGCAAGAUAAGGUGAGGGGGGUAAAUAUGUAAGGUCCUAUAUCAAUCAUUGGAUCAAGGUACAUAACACAGCAGUGGUAAACAGAGAGCACUUGGUGAUAUCUGCUAUUAUGCUCAAGAGUGUCUUUUUAGCCUAAAUUUGUUUAGUGUUAUAGUCCCCACAAAAUCAACACCGUCACCAUGGCACAAUAACUACUAUUAUUAAGUAGGUUUUCUACAA